AUGCCAACGAGAUUCAAACUCAACACUGGGGCAGAAAUCCCCGCCAUCGGUUUCGGCACAUGGCAAGACGAAAGUGCCCAGGAAGAUGCUGUUAUAGAAGCUAUCAAAGCAGGAUACCGCCACAUCGACACUGCCCAAGCGUACCGAACGGAAAAGGCCAUAGGACAGGCAAUCAAAAAGAGUGGGUUGCCUCGCGAGCAGCUAUUCAUCACAACCAAGCUCUGGAAUACCAAGCAUCACCCGGAUGACGUCCCGAAGGCUCUCCAAGAGUCACUUGACGAUUUGCAACUGGACUACGUCGAUCUCUUUUUGAUUCAUUGGCCAGUGGCAUGGAAACGAGGAUAUGAGCAGUUCCCCAAAGAGAACGGAAGAGUAGUCCUGGAAGAUAUCGACUAUGUUGAUACAUACAAGGCGCUGGAGAGAUUAUUGCAAACCGGCAAGGUCAAAGCGAUUGGUGUUUCGAACUUCUCCAAGGCGGAAAUGGAAAAACUGAUUGAUAACACCUCCGUCGUACCUGCAGUACACCAGAUGGAAUGCCACCCGUGGCUGCAACAGCAUGACUUUUGCGAAUGGCACAAGGCCAAAGGUAUUCAUAUCACGCACUAUUCUCCUUUUGGGAACCAGAAUGAGAUCUACUCCGGAGGCCAUCUCGGCAGGCUGAUCGACGAGCCAGUCUUGAAAGAAAUCGGGGAGAAAUAUGGCAAGAGUGGUGCUCAGGUUGCUCUCGCAUGGGGCGUGACACGGGAACACUCAGUGAUUCCCAAAUCUAAAACGCCUUCCAGGAUCAAGAAUAAUCUAGAGGGUGACUUUAAAUUGACUGAAGAGGAGCUGAAAAAGAUCGAAGGCAUCAACCGGAAGAUCCGGUUCAACGACAGCAGUACUGCAUUCGGGAAAGCAUUUUUCACCGAUCUGGAGGGGAGCCCUGCUUAA